AUGAUUGCUGGCCCCUUAAAUCCUCGUCAAGUGGCAAAGGAGUUCCGCAGACGCCUGUUUCGCAGCGAGAAAGGAGCGUGCAGAUUACGGCUGCAGGCUGGAAGAAUAGGACGCCCUAGAAAACAAACCGCGCGAGAGGGGGGCUUGCAGUGCAGACGCCGCAGCCGAGCUCGCUCUUUAUUCGACUUUUCCGGCUCCUCGGUUCUUCCUGCAGCCGUCGAGCCCCUCCCUGUGCAAAUCACAGGGCUUCGCUAGGGCCCGCACCAUCUGCAGGCGCGCUCGGUCUCCUGCGGCGGCGCCUCCGCCUCUUCCUUCCGCAGGUUCGCAGCGCUCCGAGCCGUCGAGGCGGGAGGAAGGCGCAGCUCGAGCGCGCGCGCGGCUCCGGCUGGCUGGCGGAGGGGAGGCGGGGUGAAGGGCAGGCGAGGCGAGACCUGUGGCGCUUGCCCGCGCAGCGGCGCGUCAGCCAUAUUGCAGCAGCAGCAGCAGCAGCAGCCGGGGAGGGGCAGCAGCGACGCCCACACGCCCAGAGGACCAAGAGCGCAGCCCGAGCGGACGCCCAGUACCAGCCGCAGCAGCCGCCUUGCCUGGUCGGAGCCACACGGACCUGCCGCGGCGAGGUAAGGACCCCCAGACGAAACCCCGCCCCACCCUCGACGGUCCUCACAGGAGCCGGGGGUUGGAGGGGGUUACCGGGAAGGAAACUUGGCGGCGAGCAAGUGGCGCGAAGUUGCUUUUGUGGCGCUGCAGCCGAGGCUUCGGCAACAGGUGGGGCGGCGGGGGAUUAGCGCCCGGCUCCUCUUCCGAGAGAGGAGUUGGCGCACUUAUUUAGCGCUUCUCGAAGCGGCGCGUUUGCAUUCUGCCCCAAAAGCCUCGUUAAGUUUUUCUCCUCCCGCCGCUUUCCAGAGACACUUUGCGCUUCUUGAAAGCUGAACCGGAAAGUGCUGCUUUUCUGUUCCGCCUCGUUUGAGCCGCCCUGCCUUGCAUAGCCCGGCCCGAGUCAGCCUCGUGGGAGAAGUAGCCCCCCCCCCCCACUAGUUCAGCGUCUCUUACGCCCAAGGAAGUGGGAAAAGGAUUUGCCGCUUAAAUCCGCCCCCCCUCCCUUGGGAAUGCCCGCAACAGGAUUAUUACUCACAUCCUCUGGAAACCGGCCUAUUUCGACUCGGGUCUUGAAUUUUUUGGAUCUGGGGGUAUUAAAGGGGUGACCGAGGCAGCGAUCCGAAGCUCACUUUCCUGAGAGUCGGCCCCAUUGAAUCCCACGGGAUUUACUUCUGAGUAGAGGUGGCUGGGAUUGCGCUGUUAGGCAGCUUGUUCUUACUUGUCCCGGGGUUGGAGAAAGGGUGGGUGCCCUCCCUGAGCCAGGGAUGAAAUAUUGGGGGGGGGGGGGACAGGUAAGCGAUCACAAUAAGCAGUGCACGCAGACCAUUUGAAUGGCAAACUUAGGGGGGGGGGCUCCCUCGAAUAUCUCAUUGGCGUUGGCUUCUAUGCCAUGCACGCAGGUGGGGGUGUGGGAGCGAGUUUUGCUUCCCGUAAACGGGAGUGAAUACGAAACUCCGUUGGCGGCAACUCAUUCCGGAGUGAUUAAUGCAAGUACAAAAAGCAGGGCUACUGAUAAUACGCGGGCCGGUUCUUCCUCAGCCUUUCGUUUGAAGAGGGGAGGAAGCUGAAGCAGUUCCUGUCUGUGGGUGAAAGACUGCAUGUUACAUCAGACCUACAUUUUGAGCUACCGGGAAACUCCUCUUGCCCUGCCCCGUUUCGAGGCAAAAUGAAGCCUUGACUCUGCAAGGUUGUUCCCCGCCAGCUUCAGCCCUUUAUUGAAUGUGGGACUCGGUAGAAUCGUUGCCUGCAACUUGCUUGCUUCAGAGCAGUCUUAAUGCGGGAAGGGAGGGGGGCGGGGAGGUCCCUGAUCUUUAUUUAAAAGGGCUGUAUAGCUAGUGAAUUACUGCUACGAGGUCUUUAAAGCAGAGAGACUUUGAACGCAGACCGUUUCCCUUUAAGGCUUAAAGUUUUAAGUCAAGGGGUUUAGUUGAUUCCGUGUUGCUUGGAUACUUGUUCUGUAAGAGACCACUGUUUGGAAAAACUUGAAAUAUGAUUAACCCUCCACACACGCACACACAUGCAUGUCCUUGAACAUUUUUGAAAUUGUGGUUGUUCCUAUGGGUGUGGCUGAGCAAAUGACCUUCUCUCCUUGCAAUCAGACUCCUCUUUCGCUGGGUGAGGUUGCUGGCUUUGUUUUUUUCUAUAGGGGUUGGCGUAACUAAGUAAUUAUUGGUCACGAGUGAAUCAUCCUUGCUUACUUAACCUGCUUAAAGCUGCAAUCCUAUGCACAUUUAUAUGGGAGUGUGUCCAACUGAACACACUGAGAGUUACACCUGAGUAGGCUUAAGUAGAACUUCUCUAUUGAACUUCUCUCCCCACACCUUACACCGUAGUUUAACUUUAGUGUGUUAUUUAUUUGGAUUCUUUGUGCAGAUCUUGUAG